AUGUCUGAAAUAAAAAAAGAGAAUAUCCUUAUCUAUGAAGAAGGUGUUCCUUCUAAUGAUAACAAUUCAUCGACUCCAUCUGAAGAAAAACCAUACCAGCGUUUCUUGAAAAGGAUCCAGGUUAAAGGGGGUGAAGAUGGCCAACCUUGGAGCAAUCCAGAUCUCGUCCCAACACCUAUUGAAGACCAAAACUGGAAGCCUUAUGCGUACCUAGCAUACUGGAUAUCCGAUUCGUAUAACGCAGCCGGCUGGAGAACGGCUGGUUCAUUCAUCACAAAAGGAUUAUCGCCAGGGUGGACGUAUGGUUGCAAUGUUUUAGGCCAUGUAGUGAUCGCAUUCAUUGUUGCAAUCCAUGGUUUGUUUGGGUCGAAGUAUCAUGUUCCAUUUACUGUUCAGUCCAGAGCGGCCUUCGGGUUCUAUUUUUCACAUGUAAUUGUUUUCAUGAGGUUUAUUGUCGGUUGUUAUUACUACGGAAUCAAUGCGUACACAGGCGCGGAAUGUGUGCAAGCAAUGAUCUAUGCAAUGUCACCAAGAUUCAAACAUAUGAAGAACACAAUUCAUGACGGUUCCACCACGUCUUCUAUGUUAUUGUGUUACUUUAUUUACACAGUAAUUUGCCUUCCCUUUCAUUAUAUCCAUGCUAAGAAUAUUAGAAAGUUCUUAAUGUUCAAAGCUAUAGUGUGUCCUAUCACUGGUAUUGCGAUGAUGAUCUGGUUAAAUGCCAAAGCUGGGGGUACCAGUAUCAUUUGGAAUCAAGGUUCCAAGGCAAAAGGGAGCAAAUUGUCUUGGCUUAUCGUCCAGUGUGUUACUACAUCAGCUGCCUCUUACUCUACUCUUGGGGUGAAUGUAAAUGAUUUCACAAGGUAUGCUGCCAACUAUCAUGCACCUUACGCACAACUAUAUGCUAUUCCAUUAAUUCAUGGUAUAAUGACUCCUAUGGGUAUAGUUGGAUCUGUUGCCACUGAAUUAAUAUAUGGGAGAGCUAUUUGGGAUCCCUUACUCAUCGCAGAAGAGUGGAUUGGUACGCCUAGAGGGAGAGUUGCUGCAUUUUUUGUAGCUCUCUCAUUUCUAAUUGCUCAGAUUGGUAUCAAUAUAUCAGCUAAUUCUAUCUCUGCUGCAAAUGAUUUAACAGCCUUGUUUCCAAAAUACGUAAAUAUUAGACGUGGACAAUUCAUAAUCGUCUUACUAGGUGGAUGGGCUUUAUGUCCAUGGGAGGUUAUCGCCAACGCUACAACUUUAACCGCUUUCAUGGGCGGGUAUUCGAUUUUCUUAGGUCCCAUUGCAGCUGUAUUGAUGUGUGAUUACUUUAUUGUUCAUCGUCAAAAGUAUGACUACGAGGAAUUUUAUAACCCUAAUGGUAUCUACAGAUAUGGCACUCGAUUGGGUACUAACUGGCGUACUAUUCCACCGUUACUUGUAGGUUUUGUGCCUUUACUUCCAGGUUUGGCAUCCUAUAUCAACAAAAGCAUUAAACUCCCACAAGGUGUUCUAAAUCUAUACUUGGUGGGGUACUUCUACUCCUUCCCAGUCGCAUUCUUAACUUAUUAUGUUGUUUGCUUAUUGUUCCCACCACAGAGCACUAUGAUUGAAAAGGCAAUCAUUCCACCUUCAAGGGAGAGAAAUGUGCUUUCAGAAAGUGACUUGCAAAAACCAAAAGUCUACCAAGUUACCAAAAAAUUCAUUAAAGAUGUUGUUUUAUAA